AGCGGAUUCGGAGAACGUUGACCCUGUAGUAUCGAAAGUUAUCAAAUGAGAUUUUUAUAUGGACGACUUUUUAAGUGGCGCAAAUUCUUAUGAAGAAGCCUGUUAAUUACGAAACAAUCUAAUAAAAACCAUGCAAUCUGCUGGCUUAGAAUUACGGAAGUGGUCGUCGAAUAAUAUAAAUUUGAUUAAAGAUAUACCGAACAAUCAAGAGGGUAAUAAAACAAAACCUAUUAGUGACGAUAAUUCGAUAACAAAGAUUCUUGGUUUGUUUUGGAAUUCCGAUAUGGACACUUUUCAAUUUGAAGUAAAGGAAAAUAAUUUCACAUUCAUAAAUCAUAUUACGAAACGCGAAAUAUUAUCAGAAAUCGCAUGUCUGUUUGACCCAUUAGGAUUAGUCGGUCCCGCUAUUAUACGAGCUAAAUUAAUGUUGCAAGAGUUGUGGCGACUGCAGAUACAAUGGGACGACCCGCUACCAAAUGACAUAAAAGAACGUUGGAUUGCAUAUAGAACCUCAUUAUGCUUAUUAAAUGAUUUAUUGAUACCUCGACAAAUUACUUGCGAAGGCGACAUCGUAAAUAUACAAAUUCACGGAUUUUCCGAUGCUAGUAUAUAUGCAUAUGGUUGUUGUUUAUAUUUACGAUGUACUAACUCCAGUGGUGCACACACGUCUAAAUUAAUGUGCGCGAAGUCCAAGGUCGCACCAUUAAAGGCCAUAUCGUUGCCUAGAUUGGAAUUAUGUGCCGCCCUUUUAUUAGCUAGAUUAUCGAAUAAAAUAAUUCCAAAAUUACAUGUGAAGGUCAAUAAUAGUUAUUUUUGGUCCGACUCAAAAAUUGUUUUAGCGUGGAUUACGUCUUCUUCGACUAAAAUUGAAGGGCUCCGUGCAACAACGAGACAAUUGGGUUAA